AUGGUUGAUAAUCAUUCUGUUUCUUGCAAGCACGUUUUUCUCCGAGGCAUCACGUUGAAAGGAAAAUUUUUGCGUCUUCCAAAUGCCUUUUUCGGCCAGGUGCUGCCAGAAGAGAUCGCAUCUUUCCUCGAACCCCUUGAUCAUAAUAUUUCACAUGAAGAGAUCGAAUCAAACAGCUUCUCUUCCUCAUCCAUAAACCUGUUCCCAUGGAAUCGUUGGCAUCCUACGAUUUGCAACAUACGUUCGCAGCAAGAUGUUCCACGAGAACUGGUUUGGUUUGUGCAGGCCAUCGAAAAUCUGUCAAGGCCUCCCAGCUAUUUUGUGUAUGAGAGAGAGAGAGCCACAGCUGGCAUUGCAAGAGUCUACUGCAAGCAAUCAACUCCAAUUAAACUGAAGUCACUUGUAACACUGAAAAUUACUGUUCAUUUUAAGAGGGGGUACCAAGGCCAAGAGUUCUGGGAGACGACCGUUACUUGUAGGUCUACAGGCAUGGAGGUUGUGGGCUCCUUGGCAAGCGCCUUGUGUGGCUUGGCUCUGGGCCCUGCUAAGAAGAUAUGGGACUGCAAUGCCAACAUUGAAAAGCUGGAGAACAAGGCGCCCAACAUCCAGGCCAAGAUCAACGCUUUCAGUGAUCACAAGCAGCAGAAUCCUGGCUUCACGUUCUCUCAAGCGGCCGAGGAAUGCUUGGAGCGUGUCAGGAAAUGGAACGCCAAGGCACAAGCACUCUUGGGAUCACGCCACAACAGGAUCUGGAGGCCCAUAAAGCGGUACAAGCGGAGUGACGAGAUCGCGAAGUCCUUAAGUGCCUACGGCGAUCUCCUGUCGCAGAUCCAGGGUCACGAGCAUGAGCUGAAUGUCCACAUUGAGGAGCUAAAGAAGAGGUCAUCCAGAAUCCAGGCCACGCUUGACAAGUUUAAUGCUCCCAAGCACAGGAAUCCAGAUUUCCGCUACUCUGGUGAGGCUGAGGCGUGGCUGACUGAACUGACUGAAUGGACUAAGAAGGCGCAAGCGCUGCUUGGAUCACAGGAGAAGCGAUCUGGCGCGAUUUCGGAGCUGGUACGCACUUGCGAGAACGAUCUCCUCCCGCACAUUGAAAGGUACGAGCGAGAAGAGUUGAGAGUGAUACAGCCGAGCACCAGCUUUUCCGUACGGAGUUGUCCACAAGACAGAGGUCUCGUAAACUAUGUACGGCAUGGUGUUACCGAGCCCAGCGACAUGUUUGGCCGCCAUAGGGAGCAGCUGGAUGAGGUGGUGAAUGCCCUCCUGGAUCCACAAGCCCCGGGGAAAUGGUUUGGACUCCUGGGAAUGGGAGGGUGUGGCAAGACCACCCUUGCAAGCUUCGUGCACAAUGACCAGAGGGUCCGGCAGCAUUUCCAUGACAACAUUGUAUGGAUCACUGUCAAGAAAGAUGCAUCGGAGGACGAUCUCAGGGCCCAGCUGUUCAACGCUCUUGAAUGGGGCGGCAUGAAAGAGAGGGCCCAAAAUGCAGGCACCCUUGAGCAUGUGCAGCACUUGGCACAAAAUGUUGCUCGUGGAAUUUGUGUCUUGCUGAUACUGGAUGAUGUGUGGGACAUGAGCUGGGCCGAGAGACUGGAUUUUAUGGCAGGGUCGUCCUCUUACAGCCGGGUGCUGGUAACAACCAGAAAGGAAGACAUUUUGAGCAUGCUGGGUGCAAAAACAUUUCGUGUGUGUAUGCUAUCAAAGGCCGAGAGCGAAAAGAUGUUUUGGAAGUUUCUUGAGCAGAUGUUUUGGAAGUUUCUUGAAGUGAUUGGCAGUGCCAUGGCUGUCCACAGGAAUGAAGGGACGCAGGUGUGGGAAGAACGCUAUCAGAAGAUGCAUUUGUUGAAUGACGGGGACAUUGAGAAGCGGAUGUUCCAGCGCUUGAAGUUUAGCUAUGACGAGCUGGGACACUUUAAUAAGGAUGAAAAGCUGCAAGAGUGCUUUCUCUAUGUGGCUGCGUUUCCAGAAGAUGAGCGAAUCCAGUUUGAUGAUCUGAGAAAAUGUUGGAUAGCGGUUGGGUCAGAACUCUCGCCUCUGCAGAUUGUUAGUGAACUGGAACGAAGAUGCCUAGUGAAGACAACUGAUGAUCGAUGGUAUAAGUAUGUAACUGUGCACGAUAUGGUACGCAAGCUGUGCAUAAGAAUCUUGAAAGGGAAGUACCCACCCCAGGAAGAGCACGAGAAGGGAUGCCUGUUUGGCUAUGAUUGUCCACCUGGGAUUUCUGCAACAUUUUCUAAAGUUUCAUUCAUUGGAAAGAAGGUUACAAGCAGCCUUUUGUCUGGCAUUCAUGUGCGAGAUGUCUUGCUUCUCGAUGGAUGUGAUGGAAGUUCUGGUGUGGAUGUCAGUCUUAGUAUAGAUCAGAUCCAAAAUGUCAAGGUAUUGAGCUUGAAUGGAUGCUAUAAUUUGGUCCGUUUUAUUCCAGAGAGCAUAUCCAAGCUGAGAAACCUUCAAGUGCUUGACCUUCGAUAUUCAGGUGUGCCUCAAUUGCCAGAUGCGCUCUUCAGCUUGACAUCACUGAAGGUUUUGAAAUGCAAUAACAUCACAAAAUUCAACUUUGCAUUACUCCCCCAAUUAUUCAACUUGGAAGAGCUGGAGCUUCAGUCCAAUCAGGAGUUAGCUGUGGAUUUGAGUGGAAUUUCAAGCCUACACAAGCUAAGAUAUUUACCGCUAGAACUCUACAUUGCAACAAUAAAAAUACCGUACAGCCUUGGUGCACUAGUGGACAUUGAGAUACUGGAGUUGCGGGCAAAGAGCAUGGACUUUGCCGAUUUCACCGGCCUGUGGCAACUUGUCAAUCUAAGACGAUGUGACAUUAGGGUGGAAUCGACUAUCAAACUUGACUGGAAGCGAAUGUUUAAGAACUCCAAACAGCUUCAGGACUUUUUUAUUGACGGGGUACAAGACGGUGAAAACAAUGCCGAAAGCCUCGAAUGGCUGCAGCUACAAGUUUUAGCGAUCACAAACAAUGAGACAAUGAAAGACCUGUCUUGGCUAAAGGGCUUUCAACGGUUACGAAAACUUUGCCUAUACUGCAGUGGUAUCCAGUUCUUCAGUCUGGAUGGAUUGUUCCCAUGCAUCGAACAUCUGGAGCUUCAUUCCGAUAAGGAGUUAGCUGUGGCUGUGGAUUUGAGUGGAAUUUCAAGCCUACACAAGCUAAGACAUUUAGAGCUAAAACUCUACAAUGCAAAAAUAAAAAUACCUCACAGCCUUGGUGCACUAGUGGACAUUGAGAUACUGGAGUUGCGGGCAAAGAGCAUGGACUUUGCCGAUUUCACCGGCCUGUGGCAACUUGUCAAUCUAAGACGAUGUGACAUUAGGGUGGAAUCGACUAUCAAACUUGACUGGAAGCGAAUGUUUAACAGCUUCAGGACUUUUCGAUUGACGGGGUACAAGACGGUGAAAACAAUGCCGAAAGCCUCGAAUGGCUGCAGCUACAAGUUUUAGCGAUCACAAACAAUGAGACAAUGAAAGACCUGUCUUGGCUAAAGGGCUUUCAACGGCUACGAGAACUUUGCCUAGACUGCAGUGGUAUCCAGUUCUUCAGUCUGGAUGUAUCGUUCCCAUGCCUCGAACUUCUGGAUCUUCGAAAUCUGCAGAUUGCACAGUCCGAGUUCAAGGACGAUUUGGCAGCAAGUCUUCCAAACCUGAAGUGUUUAACAUUCUAUCUGGCUUCUGAUAAUACAUGGGAGCAUUUGCCUCUCUUUGUGACACAACUCCCCAAUGACCUUGAUUUGCUGCAUGUAGGAGGUUACAUGAGGAGACUCUUGAUGCCAACCGAGAGAUCACAGCUGAAGGUGAAAUGGUUCACAUUAUCUUUGCGGAAGGGCUGUAUGAGGCAGCUCCCCAAUGAUUUCUUUGGGCCAACAGACCAGAUGACUGCUCUAAGAGGUGUAACCUUGGAUUGGAUCGAAAAUAUUCCAUCAUCCAUUGCAUCCCUUCCAGGAUUGGAGAAACUUGUGCUCUCUGAUCAUGAUGAUGCAGACAAUCACGGCCUUGGCUUAUUUCCCAGGCUCAAAGUCCUAGGCUGCCAAAAAGGUACGAAAGUUCCACCAUGGCUUGAGGAGCGGCCGGAUCUCAAGAUAUACGGGUCCUAGUUGCUCCUUCAGUGGACAUCGAUUGGGUUCUCGAUCUGCGCAAAUGCUACACUAUUUUGCAUCACUCAAAAAACAAAAACAGAGAUUUCCAAGCCGUCAGCAGCGUUUGGAGAAGACACAGUUUCUGUUUUUCUUACAAAUCGUAUUCUCAGGAUAUUACUUUACUCU